GAUCUGAGAGCAGAUUUUAACGGUGCUGUUUCUGUCUGUCACUGUGAGGCUGUGAAACCUGCAGAUAAAUGACAGCACAGUAAAGACUGAUAGAAACAGCAGAGGAUGACGGGACUGAUGGAAAAAGGACCUUAGUUUAUAGAAGGUGAAUUCUCUGCAGUGUUAGGUGCCUAAAUAUUUGUGAGAGGUGACACUUGUGAACAAUGCUUUCUUUAGCUGUGUCUCUGUUAUGGCUAAAAUCAAUAAUCAACUCCUUAGUUUGAGAUGCGUUUAAGUUUUAAAAUGCACCCACGUUGUGUUUGAGGAUGUGGAUGCAUCUGGGAGCAAACAAUAAAAAUAAUUCCACCGCAGCUUCCUGUUUGGUUUGUUGUCUGAUUGAAUGUUGUAGUUCUGUUAUAAUGUGAGACACAUAAUUCAAUCUAAAUAUCUGUCAUAUUUUCAAACACACUACAACAAAUGGUCACCUACAAUUUAUAUUUUCAGUCAGUUUGUACGCUGUGUAAAUAUCCAUCGUGUACACGUAUGAGCACUUAACUUUGCUCCACCUGAGGGUCCAGCUUUGAAUUCAUGGAGGUUCAUUAUUCUUGAUUACAGUGACUAUUCCUCUGAGGAAUGACAUAAAAUAAAAAUCACAAGUAGAAGACAGUCAUAUUUUAAUUUGAGGAAACCAUCAAAGAUUUUUUAGCCCUGACCUUCAAACUUGCAUUCAUGUUGGAUUCAAUUUGCCGUGUUAGAAAUCCUCACGAUGGAUCUUUGUCCUCUUACAACACCUUUUAUCUGUGACGUCGUGUCUGACUGGGAGCUCAGUUGGAGGUGAACUAACCACAGUGCGUUUUGUUUGUUUGUUUGUUUGUUUGUUUUUCUGCAGUUUGUAUAAGGCUGAAGCAGCAGAAUCAAGAUGGCCGACAGUCCUACAGUCAGUCCCAGACAUACAUGAAGCAACACUGUCGAGGGACGUCAGGCGUCACCCUGUGUUCAGACGAUGACUGGGUUUCUAAAUGCCUCUCUGGCUGCAGACUCCAGGGUCUGAUCUUGCAACUGGAGAGCAAGGUGGAGAGGAGACUGAGGAUGGUGUGUAAGACAGCAAAGAUGUACGAAGACAUGUCUGAGAAGUCCAUGACGGUGACGACACGCAUCUACAACUACAACCGGAGAGUCAUCGUCAACAGAUACAUGUCAGAGCUGAAGUUCGUGGAAAACGCCGAUGGAUUGACCAGGAACCUUACGUUGCUACGGAAACGGUCAUCCCAGCUGUCGCUACAACUAGAGGAGCUCCGCGGCAACGUCCUGAAACAACUGGAGGACCUGUAUCGAACAGAGGUGGACAUUGACAUGAAGCUGCGAGCCUGCUCUGGGUCCUGCCGGUCGGUGUCACCGUUCAGCGUCGAUCAUCUCGGCUAUCAGUCGCUUCAAGCUGACAUGGAGCAGAUGGACAAGCAGACAAAGAAGUCCGCUACGCCUCCUGAAGACGUCCCACACGUCAAGCUGCAGCCUGUAGACAUCGGCCCGGAGCCGUCGGCAGAGUAUAAGACCAUCCCAACCAUCCAGAGGGAACUGUUGACCCAGUUUGAGGACAUCGGACAGAACCAGGUUGUUCUGGAGGAGCUGCUGGAGGCGGUUGAUCCUGCAGAGCUGGAGUGAAAGGGCUCCACGGAGGCAGGUUUGAUAGAUCACAGUGGAAGUGAAGAGUGGGUGUUUCUGUUUCUUUUCACCAGCGCUUUGUAACUUGGUUUGGAGAGGGCCUUUUCCAAUAAACACAAUCACUGUUUUUA